AUGGCCUCAGCCUACGCCAUGCCGCCGUAUCAGAGUAACACGCAUCUCCCUCCCAUCAACUAUCCGCAGCUCCCACCUGCCAGUCAGAACUACAUGCCUCAACAAUACCGAAACGAUCUGCCGCGAUAUACCUCUGCUCCUACCGCCGCGCCUAUCCCCUCUCCAGCUCCUGAGAACAGAUACAUGGCCCCUCAAGCAUCUAUGGCCGGUCUGCCGCCGUCGUCCGCGCUGCCGCAGCCCCAUAACCCGGCGCAACAGCAGUCUCAACAACAACCGCCUGCACAGGCUUAUCAAGGGCCACCGCAGCCGCGUCAAGCCUACCCUCAACCUCUCGCUCCUGCCCCUCCUCGUCAAGAUCCUCUAGCACCAGCAUACGGCCAGCCAGACAGUCGCCAGCAAGCAUGGUCCGCCUCCGAACCGAUGCCCACUAUGACCACUGAUGUUGGGCGUGAUCCGACACGAACACAUGUGGUAGGCUCUCAAGGACGAAGAGGCAUUCUGCCCAGUGCACCAGGGCGCCCUCCAGUGAUGCCCAAUGGAGUUAAUGGCUCUCAGAAGGGCAGCGCGGUCCCUCAGAAAGAUGCUGACGGAAAAUUCCCUUGCCCCAAUUGUACAAAGACCUAUCUUCACGCGAAGCAUUUGAAGCGGCACAUGUUGAGACACACGGGCGAUCGGCCAUACAUGUGUGUGUUAUGCAACGAUACGUUCUCCAGGAGUGAUAUCUUGAAGCGGCAUUUUCAGAAAUGCUCCGUUCGUCGUGGCAACCCAACGGGAGCAAGCCACCUGUCCAAUCCUGCUGCUCAUAUCAAAAAGAACCAACAAAAGGCUGCAACUGCCUCGCCAGCAAGCGCCACCACCCCAAAUGCGGUGAUGCCCAACCCUCCCUACACUACUGCUGCCAUGCCCAACACCUCUGCGCCAACCACAAGUGCCCCUGCCCCUGGAAUGGCCUAUCCCAUGCAGUCCAACGGUCCGGGCGACAUGCAGCGUCCGGGGCAGCCCAUGCAGCCUGGUUCUGGACCCACCGGCAUGGACCCCAAUCCCAACAACUCGUGGUCGAUGCAUAAUCCCCGAAGUAACCAAAUGAUGUAUCACUCCAAUUCCACACCUCCCGAUCAUUAUGGUAUGCAGCCCGGUGGAGGGGACGAUAAGCGCAAUGUCAUGCCUGGCCCUCAUCACAUCGGGGAUGACUGGAACCAUAUGUUUCCAUCAGGUGGCAAUGAGGGAUACAUGAACCCCAUGUUUGGUGGUUAUGACCAAUCCCAGAACGAUGUCAAAAAGGACUUUGAAACCCAUGAAGGUGGAUCGAAUGGUUACUACAUUCCCUCUACGAGCCUUGGAGCUGACGGUACGCUUGGACCCCCUCUCUGGAACCUGCAUGCAUCUCGGCAAGACUUGUUCCAAGCCAAGGUGAACUCGCUAUUAACGUUUGUUUUCCCUGGGGGGUUACAGGAAUCGCACCGAGACCCACAAAAUGAAUUUUUCAGGUCCUGCCUGACCGUCGAAGCCAUCCAGCAUUUUCUCGAUCUCUUCCCGAAUUUUCAAGGUCAUUUUCCAUGGCUUCAUUUACCCACCUUCAACUUCCUGACCGCCUAUGACGGCCUCAUUCUUGUCAUAAUUUGCAGCGGUGCUGUAUACUCUGAUCGCGUUACUCAACAACAGGUACGGGCUUUGAUGCAGCUCGUCAAAUCCAGGAUUGAUGAAACAUCACAACUUUUACAUCACCUGGAGCCGGGGGUCGCAAGGAAUCGGUUGUCGAUGACCGGGGAGACAGAGUUUGAAGAACUCCUUGCGUUACAGAUUCUCCAGAGCUUGUUUGUUUGGCACGGAGGUCCCGACGAGAGAGCCCUUGCCCGCGCCGAGAGUAAACGCGUAUUGUAUCUCGUUCGACAGCUCGGCAUGUUAACUUUGGCUAGCCCAGAGGAUCGUCUUAGCUACAGUUAUCUUCACAACCUUCAACCUGGCCAAACAGCCCAACCGUGGCGCUGGGAUUGGCGUUCCUGGGUGGAACAGGAAAAACGAUCCCGGUUAAUGUUCAUGGUCUUCUUAUGGGAUGCCGCCAUGUGUAUCUACUUCAAUGUGGCCCCGCAAUUCUCAUCGGCCGAGAUCAAACUACCCUUACCUUGCGACGACGCUGCGUGGGAAGCUCCAGACGCCGAAACCUGUGCGCAAGCCCUCGGCCUUCGUGGACCGGAGGCCCAAGCGAGGAUCAACGUGAGCGGCUCGCUCAGAUUGAAACAACUUGAGAUGCACCAUGCAAUGAGUGCUCUGCAUAGCGCGACCGUCGUUAUGCAGCCGCGAACCACAAAUGUCUAUUCCAAGUUCAUCCUUAUCCACGCGCUCCAUGUGGAAAUAUGGCAGGUUCAGCGCUCAAGGUUUUUCUUCGGUUCCUCGGAUUCCCCCAUGACACGCCUCAAAAAACCAAAGGUGUCACCAGAAGACGCGAACAACAUGUACAAAUCGAUCAAUUCCGCUCUUGCCCGGUGGAAGCAAGCUUGGGACCAAGAUUAUGCGCUGCAGUAUCCACCAGGAAAUGACGAUCACGUUCUGAGGCGUAUCGGCUUCUGUCGGGAUGGUGUACACUUUUACUGGCUCGCUCGUGCAUUCAUGCAGCCAAACAGAACUCGCGAUUGGCAGCUUUCUGCAGAUGAUCGACUCCGACAAGUUUUGCAUGGGCUCAAAAAGGCCAGAGAAUGGAGUCGGACCGAUGGUGCCCAACGAGGCGAAGAACCCGGCAGUGUGGCCUAUAUUGAUGAUAAUUAUGCACUCGAGACCAUGGAGCUGGAUAUGAAACAACUCUUUCGACCUCUCCACACUCUUAGCGAUAGCCCCGUGCCAAUAGGACAACCGAACUCCACUGGCUAUCGAUGA